AUGGGUCUCUUCAAGAAGCAUGAUGGCGACGAGGACUCCAGCCGCCGAGCGCUCUUCGGGCGGAAGAAGGAGAAGAGCCCCUCAACCCCCCCUUCAAACCCUUACGCCCAACCAAUUCCGAUAGACCCAUACACAAAGGCCAAGAUUGGUGCCGGUGUCGCCCCCUUACCUGCCGACCACCCAGCCGCCAACGGAGGCUCCUCAUCGCGCAACCCCCACAACAUCCCCUCGGACCAGAAACACCCUUCCGGCGGCUACGCCCCGAACAAAUACGGAAACCAAGGCGGCUACGGCAGUGAUCGAUUUGGCGGCGCAGGCGCUGCUUCUCCAGCUUCAGGCUCUGGCACAGGUUCACGCUAUGGAACCGGCGGUGCCGAUCCCAACGACCCCGCGGCAUCGGACUCCGCUCGCAAUGAGCUAUUCGGCGGCGCCAACAGGAACCGCGAUAACGCGCCUCCGCCGUAUACGGAGGGUCAAAAUGGAACCGGUCAGGGACAGAAUAACUACGGCGGUGGCAGCAACGAGUACAGCAUGGCGACCUUCCAGGAUCGACAGCUGACCGCAGAGGAAGAAGAGGAGGAAGAAGUGCAAGCGACGAAGAACGAGAUACGUUUUGUGAAACAGGGCGAUGUGGCGUCAACUCGGAACGCACUUCGGGCUGCGGCGCAGGCUGAGGAGACCGGUCGUGCGACACUUGCUCGCCUCGGCGCGCAGGGCGAGUCCGUCCACGAUACGGAGAAGAGCCUCGACAUGACGACCAUUGAGGGCCGCAUUGCGGAGGAGAAGGCGAAGGAGCUCAAGACGCUCAAUAAGAGCAUGUUUGCCGUGCACGUUGCGAACCCGUUCACCGCCUCGCGGCGUCGGCGCGAACGUGACGAGAAGACCCUCAAUACACACCGCGAGGAGCGGGAGAUUCGUGAGGGCACGCGAUCUGAGGCGCACGGGACUAAUCAGCGCAUGGACCGAGUGUUCCGCGAUAUCCAGCGCGAUGCGGCGAAGCAGGGCAAGGGAAAGAAGGCGAGCGUUACUGAGCGUGCCAAGUAUCAAUUCGAGGCGGAUAGCGAGGACGAGGCGAUGGAGGAUGAGAUUGAGCAGAACUUGGAUCUGCUUGGUGGCGCUACUGGCCGGUUGAAUGGUCUUGCUAAGGCCACUGGAAAGGAGCUGGACGAGCAGAACAGACACCUCGAACGUAUUAUGGGCAAGAGCGACUACGUCGACGAUCAAAUUGCCAUGAACCGGGCCAAGCUGGACCGGAUUCACUAG